AUUUGCCACUGAAAAGAGAAAGUGAAGUGGUGACAUCAUAAUAGUUUGGGGCUGAUCUACCAUCUAGAGCACAUAAGCCACUCAUCAUACAUCAAUUGAGUCUGACAAAUUCCCCUUGAAAUCAGUUGCUGAUUGGCACCCUAUGGUUCUCCCAUGCCCUACAUCUGUUGCUUGGAGAGGUCCCCUUGGUGGUUAUGAAAGACAUGGUUGUUUCUUGGUUUCGAAACAAAUUCAGUGCCUGCCCAAUAAGUUAUAGGGCAAUUGUAGUCUGGGAAGUCAGGGCAAAAGGAAAUAGUUUCCGGACUUAUCUACUAGUAGCAAUGCAAAGAUUCAGAACUAUUUAGAGGGACAUAUGAGAAAGAACACUAUCCACAUCCAGAGGAAGAACUGUGAGAAAAGAAACAGAGAAGAAAAACAACUGUUUGAUCACAUGGGAAUGGCCAGGACAAGCUGUGACCUCCUUUUUGAAGCAUACUGAAGUAGUUGCCUAGGACCACCCUUCAUUGGCCAUAGUCUAAGAGGUGAAGUCAAACCAUUCCGUGUUUCUGAAGAGACAUUCUGGUUAUGUCAGAACUUCACACAAGUCUUGCCCCGGCCUUGUUCUGUGAGCAACUUCCAUUUUAAAAAGUCCUGUGAGUGCAUCCUUUUAUACAAGUUCUCAGAGAGCCUGGAGAGCCCUGCCUGAUGUGCUGCCAUUUUUAAGAGCCUGAUGAUCUCCUUGUGGACCCUGCACAUACUAACCAAAGGGCUCCUGCACCUCCAGGUGUUUAUAAUGCAAUAGUAGAGGAGCGUGGAGUUGAAAGUGUCAAAGAGCGGCCCAAGGAACUCACCCAAAUGAUGGCUGCAGCAGCUGAUGGUUUGGGGAGUAUAGCAAUAGAUACAACACAGCUGAACAUGUCCGUCACCGAUCCAACAGCCUGGGCAACCGCCAUGAAUAACUUGGGGAUGGUACCAGUGGGCCUGGCAGGGCAGCAGCUUGUGUCAGAUUCAAUCUGUGUGCCAGGCUUUGAUCCCAGCCUGAACAUGAUGACCGGAAUCACUCCAAUUAACCCAAUGAUACCAGGCAUGGGAUUAGUACCACCACCACCACCCACCGACAUGUCUGUCGUCAAAGAAAUAAUUCACUGUAAAAGUUGUACGCUCUUUCCUCCAAACCCAAAUCUUCCACCACCUUCCACAAGAGAGAGACCUCCUGGGUGCAAGACGGUGUUUGUGGGAGGAUUACCUGAAAAUGCUACCGAGGAGAUUAUUCAAGAAGUCUUUGAGCAGUGUGGCGAUAUCACAGCCAUUCGGAAAAGCAAGAAGAAUUUCUGUCAUAUUCGUUUUGCAGAGGAGUUCAUGGUUGAUAAAGCCAUUUACCUUUCUGGGUACCGCAUGAGAUUAGGCUCCAGCACUGACAAAAAGGACUCUGGUCGCCUUCAUGUGGACUUUGCUCAGGCCAGGGAUGACUUUUAUGAAUGGGAAUGCAAACAGAGAAUGCUGGCCAGGGAAGAAAGACACAGACGUAAGCUGGAAGAAGACAGGCUUCGACCUCCCUCCCCUCCGGCAAUAAUGCAUUACUCGGAACACGAAGCCACUCUCUUGGCUGAAAAGCUCAAAGACGACAGCAAGUUUUCUGAGGCCAUUACAGUGCUGCUCACCUGGAUUGAACGAGGAGAAGUCAACCGGCGAUCCGCCAACCAAUUCUACUCCAUGGUCCAGUCGGCCAAUAGUCACGUCCGCCGCCUAAUGAAUGAAAAAGCCAACCAUGAGCAAGAGAUGGAACAAGCGAAGGAGAACUUCAAAGAUGCCUUAACUGGAAUUCUCACUCAAUUUGAGCAGAUUGUGGCCGUUUUCAACGCUUCUGCCAGACAAAAAGCUUGGGACCAUUUCUCGAAAGCUCAGCGCAAGAACAUAGACAUUUGGCGAAAGCACUCUGAGGAGCUCCGGAAUGCUCACAGUGAACAGCUCAUGGGAAUACGGCGGGAGGAAGAGAUGGAAAUGUCUGAUGAUGAGAGUACUGACACCCCUAAUAAAAAAAUGAGAGUAGACGAAUCAGGUCCUAAGGACGUCUCUAAGAAUGCCCUGGCUGCUCAGGCCUAUGCUCUUAAGGAAGAGAAUGACAGCCUCCGGUGGCAGCUGGAUGCCUACAGGAACGAGGUAGAGUUACUGAAACAAGAGAAAGGGCAGCUCUUCCGCACCGAAGAAAACCUCACCAAGGACCAGCAGCUGCAGUUUCUUCAGCAGACGAUGCAAGGCAUGCAGCAGCAAUUAUUGUCCAUCCAAGAGGAGCUGAAAAACAAAAAAUCUGAGCUGGAACAAGCAAAAGAAGAACAGAGUCACACACAAGCAUUAUUGAAAGUUCUACAGGAACAAUUAAAAAGUGCCAAGGAAUUAGCCGAGACCAAUGGCCACAGCCACGAGGAUGCAAAUGAAAUCAAUGUGCUGACUGUGGCGUUGGUCAACCAGGACCGAGAGAACAAUACGGAAAAACGAAGCCAAGGCUUAAAGUCAGAGAAGGAGGCACUACUAAUUGGUAUCAUAUCAACAUUUCUUCACGUCCAUCCUUUUGGAGCCAAUAUCGAAUACCUUUGGUCAUACAUGCAGCAGCUGGAUUCUAAGAUAUCGGCAAAUGAAAUUGAAAUGCUUUUGAUGAGGCUGCCACGCAUGUUUAAGCAGGAGUUCACAGGCGUAGGAGCAACACUGGAAAAAAGGUGGAAGUUUUGUGCCUUUGAAGGAAUUAAAACCACCUGACUGUGAACAGCAGACACCCCAUUCUCGAGAAGCAACCAUUGUACCAUGUGGGCAGGGUGAGGAAAUCUGGGAGUGAGAUCUUUGGAGUUGGCACAUGGCAUUACAUUUGCAGAGCCAUCAAAGCCUCAUUUUAGUUCCAUCUGUGGCGUUCUCUUGUGAGUGGAAAUGUAAUUGUGCACCAGUUCCUUAAAAAUAAAUUUUUUUAAAAAAAGCUUCGUACUGUGACAGAGCUGUUUCCUAUGAAAACCGAACAAUGACACCCCAUUUGUAAGGAUGGUGAGGUUUUCAAAUCAGCAACAUCUGAGUAAAUCUCACUAAGCAAAACAUUGAAGGGAGACAUGGACUCGCCACUCACUGUGGUUGUUACUAAGCUACUCAGAAAUGUAUAUGUAAUGUAUAGUCGAGCUCAUUAAAUGACAUUCCCCUGGAAGUCUCUCUUUCUGUUUUAGUAUAUCAGUAAUUUUACAGUGAGGAAAAAAAAUCAUACCAAAAGAAAACUUGAAUAUUUGUCCUAAUAGUUGAUGUAUUUUGUAAAUUAAGUUAUACGCUAUUCCAGGGAUUUUUGCCUUAUUGAAAGAGGCCUGAAAUGUGAUUGGACUCCUCAAGAAUGCUCUAUCAAGAAUAUUAUUUUUCUAAGGUAACAAUUCUCCAUCAUAAGUUCUUUUAACAUGGACUGCAUAACAAUUUUCAUAAACAUUGUAAAUAGAGGGGAAAUAAAAAACAGUGACCCUGUCUUGUACUUGGUAUGUUACAUUCAGGUUUAUGCAUCAAAAUAAAUAUUCAGUUGCUUUACUGUUACAGAUUUUAUAGCAAAGAUAUUAAUUUUUUUCAAUAAAUAUGACUUCUACCAUAUUGGUUUUACAAGCAA